AUGGCGAAGACUCUAAUGUUGCGCCCUCACGUCAUAUCUUCAGCGACCACCCACCUGCUGCUUCGCCGAGCUCUACUUUCUUCACGGCCGUCGCCGUCGCCUUCUCGUAUAUGCCCUCGAAGCUCUCAGUUCCGUUCUUAUUCUGUAGCGUUUACUCAUCACCGAACCUCAGAGCUUCAACUUCGCAGUUCCCCCUGUGAAUUAUUCAACACCGGGGCUGGCUCUGCCUCCGCGGCUAAUCGCAGAUUCAGUGCCGGAGCUACUCCGGUAAAUGAUAGUGGUUCCAUUGACUCGCCGCUCAUGCAGUCUAUGGAGUUAAAGAUAAAGCAGCAGCUGGAGGCAGAGUCAGUAACUGUUAAAGAUGCAUAUGGCGAUGGCCGACAUGUGAGUAUCGACGUCAUUUCAUCUGCAUUCGAGGGCCAGUCUGCGGUGAACAGGCAAAGGAUGGUGUACAAAGCCAUAUGGGAGGAGCUUCAAAGCACAGUGCACGCAGUUGAUCAGAUGACCACCAAGACUCCCUCUGAAGCUGCCAAAAACUGA